GCAGCUCUCCGCACGCCCCAACACCACCUUUAUAAACCUCGUUCCGCAACCCUCACUCUCUCUCACUUUUUCUAUCCUAAAACCCUAAUUCUGACUCUCCAAAGUUUCCAUAGCUUUGAAGCUCUCAUUCAAAUCGAUCAAUGGAGUUCUGGGGACUUAAGGUCAAAAGUGGACAGAGUCGCCCAGUAAGACCUGGGAAAGGCAAGAUCGUGCAUCUUUCACAGGCUUGUCUUGGUGAGGUUAAAAAGAACAAAGGGAGUGAAUCCAUUUACCUCUAUGCCACCGUUGAUGGCAAGAAGCUUGUCCUUGGAACACUUUCUCCUGAGAAAUUCCCUCAGCAGCAAUUUGAUGUGGUGUUCGACAGAAAAUUUGUGCUAUCCCACAACUGGAAAAGUGGCUAUGUCUGCUUGUCAGGAUAUAGAUGUGAUAAUCCAUCGAAUAAGCCUGAGAAUGAUUCUGAGUCUAAGUCUGAGUUGAAACAUCCAGUUAAUGCUGCUGAUAAUACUAAGAAUGUUGAAGAAGGUAGUAGUAGCACUGAUGAUUCAACUUCUGAUUUUUUCACUGAUUCAGAUGAGAGCUAUAAUACUGAAUCUGAGAGUGCGGAAGUUGAGACUGAGGAUGAUGACGAGGAGGAAGAGGCUCCAAAGAAGGUUGUACUGAGCAAGAAGAGACCUGCAGAAUCUGCUACUAAGACACCUGGUCCUGAUAAGAAAGCAAAAUUGGUUACUCCUCAAAAGUCUGGUAUUGUUCUUGUUUUUUGUUUUAUUUCUACUGAUGCCAAGAAAGGAAGUGUCCACGUGGCUACCACUCAUCCCGAAAAGCAGGCUGGGAAAACUCCUGGUAAUCAGUCAAAGCAGCCAACUCCAAAAUCAGCUGGAUCAAAUCCUUGCAAGUCAUGUAACAAGUCGUUUAACUCGGAAAAUGCCUUGGAAUCACACACAAAGGCCAAGCACAGUGCAGAAAAAUAAAUGGAUUUAAAGGGAGAGCUUCUGCUUGAGUUUUGGAACUUGUUCGGUAUAGGAUUUGAGAGAAAGCCACCUGUAUUAAGGUGUUUUUGAGGGUUCAUAUUAUUAGAUGUAAAUGCAGGCUUAGUCUAUUUGGUACUGUUUUACUACACCAAACUUUGCUGUCAACUAGCUUUUUACACUAGGGGUGUUACUGUCAAAUGGUCUGAAUAAAAUAUGGUGCUAGGUUUUUCCAUUAGCGGCAAUUGAUCAUUUUGUUUACUCUAUGACGUUGAAAUGUGGGUGCCCAUUGAUUUAUUGCUGUUAGUUACCUCUUGAUCA